CCCCCCGCCCAGCAUCAGUCUGAGCCUUUGCCUCAUCUCUCCAGCCACUCCCUCCUUACUCCACCCCAACAGGCCAGCACUCUACCUCCCUUGAUCCUCGGUCCGCUCCAUCUCCUUGUCCUCAUCCCCUUCCCCCACCAUCUCCCUCUCUCACCAUGCUGCUCCCGCUCAUUCAUCCAUUCAUUCCCUCACUUAGCAGACAUUCACUGAGACCGCCUCUGUGCAGGCUCCAUGCUCCAGGCACAGAGAGAGUCAGCUCCCAUCCUGCCUUGGGGAACCUCAUGGGCUGGAGGGGGAAAGACCCUGAGGGUGAGACCCUGAGGGUGACUCGGGGUUGCAGGGACAUGGAGGAGGGAGAUGCUACAGCCCAGUCUGGUGAAUCUGUCUGGCAGCUGGUUAAUUUAUUCAUGAGAUUUUACCCAGCCCCUGCUGUGCGACUGGGCUGGCACUGGGGACCCAGAAAAUAAUCGGGAACAAUCCUGUCUGAACAUCAACUCCAUGCCUGGCUGUAUGCUGGGGAGCUCAGUCUGGGGCCCUCCUUCUGGGAGGCCAGUCAUAGUCCAAUGAGAGAGAUGAACUUGUCACCACCAGUGCCAUCUCAGAGUGAUCAGAGCUGUAAAGGGAGAAGCUCAGGUCGAGGCAUGGAACCUGGGAUGGGGGAACUUCAGGGGAUGGAGAGAGUCCAGAAGAGAUGCCAGGCAUAGCCUGAAGGGUCAGGGAGAACUUCUUGGAGGAGGGCACAUGUGAGUUGGGACCUAAGGGGUGGGAAUGAGGUGAAUGUACUCCAGGGAAAGGUGGGGCAAGUGUUCCAGGUUGAGGGAACAGCCUUUGCAAAGGCCUAGAAGGAAAUGCGAAGAGGGUGCUUGUUUUGGACUCUUAGAAGUUCAAGAGCUCUGCGAGCAGGGGCAAUGGAAAGAGAUGGGACUGGAGAGGUAAACAGAAAUCAGCUCAGGGAAGUCUCGAUUAUCAGACCAGAGAAUUCAGACUUCAUCUUGAAGACAACAGGGAGUCAUUGAAGGCCCAGGAUCUGUGGAGAAACAGAGCUAGAUUUGUGUUUUCUGAAAACAAUCCAGGCUGUUGCGGAAAAGCUGGCAGGAGGGGAGAGGCUGGAAGCAGGAGGGCUGAUGAGAUGGGAGCCGUGAUUGUCCAGACAGUGGCACGCAGCACUGACAGCCUGGAUGGCCCAGGGGAGGGCUCGGUACAGCCCCUACCCACCGCUGGGGGGCCCAGUGUGAAGGGGAAGCCUGGGAAGAGGCUCUCAGCUCCUCGAGGCCCCUUCCCGCGGCUGGCUGACUGCGCCCAUUUCCACUACGAGAACGUCGACUUUGGCCACAUUCAGCUCCUGCUGUCUCCAGACCGUGAAGGGCCCAGCCUCUCUGGAGAGAAUGAGCUGGUGUUCGGGGUGCAGGUAACCUGUCAGGGCCGUUCCUGGCCGGUUCUCCGGAGUUACGAUGACUUUCGUUCCCUGGAUGCCCAUCUCCACCGGUGCAUAUUUGACCGGAGGUUCUCCUGCCUUCCGGAGCUUCCCCCGCCCCCCGAGGGUGCCAGGGCUGCCCAGAUGCUGGUGCCACUGCUACUGCAGUACCUGGAGACCCUGUCAGGACUGGUGGACAGUAACCUCAACUGCGGGCCUGUGCUCACCUGGAUGGAGCUGGACAAUCACGGCCGGCGACUGCUCCUCAGUGAGGAGGCGUCACUCAAUAUCCCUGCAGUGGCGGCCGCCCACGUGAUCAAACGGUACACGGCCCAGGCACCAGAUGAGCUGUCCUUUGAGGUGGGAGACAUUGUCUCGGUGAUCGACAUGCCACCCACGGAGGAUCGGAGCUGGUGGCGGGGCAAGCGAGGCUUCCAGGUUGGGUUCUUCCCCAGUGAGUGUGUGGAACUCUUCACAGAGCGACCAGGUCCGGGCCUGAAGGCGGCAGAUGCCGAUGGCCCCCCAUGUGGCAUCCCGGCUCCCCAGGGUAUCUCGUCUCUGACCUCAGGCCUGCCUUUGCCCUUUGCCCCGACAGCUGUGCCGCGGCCUCGUGGGAAGCUGGCCGGCCUGCUCCGCACCUUCAUGCGCUCCCGCCCUUCUCGGCAGCGGCUGCGGCAGCGGGGAAUCCUGCGACAGAGGGUGUUUGGCUGCGAUCUUGGCGAACACCUCAGCAACUCAGGCCAGGAUGUGCCCCAGGUGCUGCGCUGCUGCUCCGAGUUCAUUGAGGCCCACGGGGUGGUGGAUGGGAUCUACCGGCUAUCAGGCGUGUCUUCCAACAUCCAGAGGCUUCGGCAUGAGUUUGACAGCGAGAGGAUCCCAGAGCUGUCUGGCCCCGCCUUCCUGCAGGACAUCCACAGCGUGUCCUCCCUCUGCAAGCUCUACUUCCGAGAACUUCCGAACCCUCUGCUCACCUACCAGCUCUAUGGGAAAUUCAGUGAGGCCAUGUCAGUGCCUGGGGAGGAGGAGCGUCUGGUGCGGGUACACGAUGUCAUCCAGCAGCUGCCCCCGCCACAUUACAGGACCCUGGAGUACCUGCUGAGGCACCUGGCCCGCAUGGCGAGACACAGUGCUAACACCAGCAUGCAUGCCCGCAACCUGGCCAUUGUCUGGGCACCCAACCUGCUACGGUCCAUGGAGCUGGAGUCAGUGGGAAUGGGUGGCGCCGCCGCGUUCCGGGAAGUGCGGGUGCAGUCGGUGGUGGUGGAGUUUCUGCUCACCCACGUGGACGUCCUGUUCAGCGACACCUUCACCUCCGCUGGCCUCGACCCUGCAGGCCGAUGCCUGCUCCCCAGGCCCAAGUCCCUCGCGGGCAGCUGCCCCUCCACCCGCCUGCUGACGCUGGAGGAAGCCCAGGCGCGCACGCAGGGCCGGCUGGGGAUGCCGACAGAGCCUACAACUCCCAAGACCCCCGCCUCACCUGCGGAAAGGAGGAAAGGGGAGAGAGGGGAGAAACAGCGGAAGCCAGGGGGCAGCAGCUGGAAGACGUUCUUUGCACUGGGCCGGGGCCCCAGUGUCCCUCGAAAGAAGCCCCUGCCCUGGCUGGGGGGCACCCGCGCCCCACCGCAGCCUUCAGGCGGCAGACCCGACACCGUCACACUGAGAUCUGCCAAGAGCGAGGAGUCUCUGUCAUCGCAGGCCAGCGGGGCUGGCCUCCAGAGGCUGCAUAGGCUGCGGCGACCCCACUCCAGCAGCGACGCUUUCCCCGUGGGCCCAGCACCUGCUGGCUCCUGCGAGAGCCUGUCCUCGUCCUCCUCCUCUGAGUCCUCCUCCUCGGAGUCCUCCUCUUCAUCCUCUGAGUCCUCAGCAGCUGGGCUGGGGGCACUCUCUGGGUCCCCCUCACACCGUACCUCAGCCUGGCUAGAUGAUGGUGAUGAGCUGGACUUCAGCCCACCCCGCUGCCUGGAGGGACUCCGGGGGCUGGACUUUGAUCCCUUAACCUUCCGCUGCAGCAGCCCCACCCCAGGGGAUCCCGCACCUCCCGCCAGCCCAGCACCCCCCGCCCCUGCCUCUGCCUUCCCACCCAGGGUGACCCCCCAGGCCAUCUCGCCCCGAGGGCCUACCAGCCCUGCCUCGCCCGCUGCCCUGGACAUCUCAGAGCCCCUGGCUGUAUCAGUGCCACCCGCUGUCCUAGAACUGCUGGGGGCUGGGGGAGCACCUGCCUCAGCCACCCCAACACCAGCUCUCAGCCCUGGCCGGAGCCUGCGCCCCCAUCUCAUACCCCUGCUGCUGCGUGGAGCCGAGGCCCCGCUGACUGACGCCUGCCAGCAGGAGAUGUGCAGCAAGCUCCGGGGAGCUCAGGGCCCACUCGGUCCUGAUAUGGAGUCACCAUUGCCACCCCCUCCCCUGUCUCUCCUGCGCCCUGGGGGUGCCCCACCCCCACCCCCCAAGAACCCAGCGCGCCUCAUGGCCCUGGCCCUGGCUGAGCGGGCUCAGCAGGUGGCCGAGCAACAGAGCCAGCAGGAGUGUGGGGGCACCCCACCUACUCCCCGAUCCCCCUUCCGCCGGUCACUGUCUCUGGAGGUGGGUGGGGAGCCCCCAGGGACCUCAGGGAGUGGGCCACCUCCCAACUCCCUAGCCCAUCCGAGUGUCUGGGUCCCGGGACCCCCAUCCUACUUACCAAGGCAACAAAGUGAUGGGAGCCUGCUGAGGAGCCAGCGGCCCAUGGGGACCUCAAGGAGGGGACUCCGAGGCCCUGCCCAGGUCAGUGCCCAGCUCAGGGCAGGUGGGGGGGGCAGGGAUGCGCCAGAGGCAGCAGCCCAGUCCCCAUGUUCUGUCCCCUCACAGGUUCCUACCCCCGGCUUCUUCUCCCCAGCCCCCAGGGAGUGCCUGCCACCCUUCCUCGGGGUCCCCAAGCCAGGCUUGUACCCCCUGGGCCCCCCAUCCUUCCAGCCCAGUUCCCCAGCCCCGGUCUGGAGGAGCUCCCUGGGCCCCCCUGCACCACUCGACAGGGGAGAGAACCUGUACUAUGAGAUCGGGGCAGGUGAGGGGUCCCCCUAUUCUGGCCCUACCCGCUCCUGGAGUCCCUUUCGCUCCAUGCCCCCCGACAGGCUCAAUGCCUCCUAUGGCAUGCUUGGCCAAUCGCCCCCACUCCACAGGUCCCCUGACUUCCUGCUCAGCUACCCGCCAGCCCCCUCCUGCUUUCCCCCUGACCACCUUGGCUACUCAGCCCCCCAGCACCCUGCUCGGCGCCCCACACCGCCUGAGCCCCUCUACGUCAACCUAGCCCUAGGGCCCAGAGGUCCCUCACCUGCCUCUUCCUCCUCCUCUUCCCCUCCUGCCCACCCCCGAAGCCGUUCAGAUCCCGGUCCCCCAGUCCCCCGCCUUCCCCAGAAACAACGGGCACCCUGGGGCCCCCGUACCCCUCAUAGGGUGCCGGGUCCCUGGGGCCCCCCUGAGCCUCUCCUGCUCUACAGGGCAGCCCCGCCAGCCUAUGGAAGGGGGGGCGAGCUCCACCGAGGGUCCUUGUACAGAAAUGGAGGGCAAAGAGGGGAGGGGGCUGGUCCCCCACCCCCUUACCCCACUCCCAGCUGGUCCCUCCACUCUGAGGGCCAGACCCGAAGCUACUGCUGAGCACCAGCUGGGAGGGGCCGUCCUUCCUUCCCUUCACCUCUACUGGAGCUUGGCUCAACCAAAUCCCUUGUUUUGUAUUUUCUUGAGCCCCGACCACUACCCCAGGUUUCUAACUUUGUAACUUGCUUCUGAUGUGGGUCCCUAACCUGUAAUCCCAGCUUCCCUACCCUGGACUGAAGGGUCCGCCCAUCCCCCCCCUCCAUCCUGGGGGCCCUUGCACAUAUCUGGGGUGGGGGGGCUAGGCUGACCCCAUCCUCCUCUCCCUCCAGGAGCCCCCAGCAUGUCCUGACCUGUGCACGGGGAUGGGGGGACAACUCCUACCCUUCCUUCCCCACAUGCCCCACUAAACCAUCUGACAACAUUAAUGAAUAAAAUGUGAAAAUGUGGCUGCUGAAGUCGUGCUGGGGCCAAACUCAGUGAGUGAAGACAGACAGAGGGGGCGCUCUAUCAGUCUAUUUCCUUCUGGGGAGGCACCAAGGCAGGAGUUACUCCUGGGAGCCUCUAAGAGGUGGUAUCCGCAGAGCGGGAACCAUGGGCACCCUGGGAGUCUAGGUCAGGAGUGGGGCUCAGGCUGGGCUUUUCUCCAAGCUGACAUCCUUUUUGCAGCUCUGCUAUGAUCUCCAGCAGGUCCAUCCUGGGAAGCAGUGGGGCACAGGCAGACCUAGGGUUACCUCAGGGAUAAAGACCUAGGGUUACCCAGGGUCCUCCCAUCCAAGGCCUCAGGUCUCACUUCUGCAGGCUGGAGAAGAUACCUUCUCCAGUCAGCUCAGUAGCGGGUGCCUGCAGGAGAGAAGGCUGGAGAUGCCACCUGCUAGCCAUGGCGCUUCAGCGGGCCUGGGAGGGCGGAUGGGGCACAGACUGGGCUCGGGGUCCUCUGCUUAGCCUGCCCUCGUGGCCUUCCAGCAGCCUCCCAAUGUGUGGGAAGCCUCCCUGUGGGUCAGCAGGCUGGGGAUGGGCUCAUAGGGCUGGGGCUCCAGCAGAGUAACCCUGUGUGUGUGCCACAGCAGCCCCUGCAGGGCUGGAAUCUUGGCUGAGAGCUUCCUCAAACUGCUCCAUAGAGCGCUGGGUCCCCAGCAGGGAGGCUGAGUCCUGGAGGCUGGAGGUGGAGGGCAGGGAAGGGCCCUGGGGGAAGCAGGGUUGGUUAAGGGUCACAGGUGAGUGAGGGGACAGUUGGGCGACCCUAAAGUUCCCUGGUCAAAGGAGAGGCAGCCAGAGAACUUGGGGUUGGUGACUACUGGAGGGUGGGCAGAGGUAGUCACAGGUUAGCAAUGGGACAGUUGUUCAAGGCUCUGGGGGUAUCUGUACUGUUGGGCUGGGCUCCAGGCAGCAGUGCAGGCUGACCCUGGCUGUGGGGCUGUGGCCAGACCCAGGGCUGGGGCCUGAGCUAGGCCCAGAGCUGCUGCCUAGAGUCAAGCUGCUGCCCAAGCUCCAGGCUGCACCCUGCUGUGGCCUGUGACCUCAGGAGUCUCUGGGGCCUGCAGAGAGGGAUGGCAGAGAGCUGGCAUGGGUUGCCCAGGUGUCCUACAGCUCCCUUGGUCCCCCACAGCCCCAUCCUGGCUCCUACCUGGAAUGGGAUGGGGUCUGGGGACAUCACAGGGGGCACACACCUGGGUGUGGUCUUGGCUCUGUGAGCCACUUCACGGCACACUUUCUCUGUGGGGACAGACCAGUUGGUCAGACCGGGGGCGGACCUGUCCACCCUGUCCAAGGGUCAUGUUCACCCUUAAAUCCCCAUCAGGGACCGCAGAGCUUGGGACACAGUCAGUGCUCGGUACCACUGCUGACUGGCCAACUGAAGCCACACCUUCCAUACAGCUCCUUGAUCCUGCCCCCACAGAUGUACCAGCAACCAGGCCCUCACCUCUCAGCAGGAGCCUGGCCAGGCCCCAUCCUGGGCUCCCCCGCCACAGCCACGUGGUGCAGACGGCCCACCUGGGUGUCUAGAUCCCUCUUGGAACCCAGCUCCACUGGGAAGCGAAAGGGCAGUGAGGGCGUCUGUGGGGUCCAGUUCCGGGGCAGGGAUCCGCUAGGGGGUCUCAUGAGGGAAGGGGGAUGUGAAGGACCGGAACUUUGGGGACAAGAAAACAAUAAAGACAGAGUUGGCUGGGGGUUUUGGGGGCGCAGUCUAGAAGGGAAGGGGAUUCAGGAGGGGUCUGAUGGGAAGGGAGGCGGCUGAAUGAGAAAAGGGGGUGGCUCUGGGAGGGCCACACACCAGAAGGUCUGGGGUCGCAGGGAGACUGAGAGCUGAGGGGGAUCUAAGGCAAUUGGAGGGCUGGGAGGGGGCUUAGGGCUGGGGUCGGGCGUGCCAGGGUGGCAGAAGGGCUGCGAGGAUAGAAUUUGAGCCUGGGAAGGGAGUCGAAGGGCUUGGGAGGAGGCUCUGAAGGCUGCGGUGGGAGGAAGAGGCGUCCGUGGUUUAGGAUUUGAGAGGUGGUGAGAGGGGUCGUGGGGAGGCUCUGGGGACAGCGUCUGUGGGGUCCGCGGGGUGGAUGGGGUCUGAGGGCAGCCGGCGGGCUCUGAAGGAGGAGAGGGCACUGAUGGCAGGAUCUGCCGACGGUUCGAGGGUCCGAGGGUGGGACGCCUGCACUAAGGACUAGGGAAGUGUCUGUGUGUUGGGGGUGGGGUCUGCAGGCUGGGAAAGGGGGCUCUGAGGACAGUGUCUGGGGCUGGGGAGGGGGUCAGCGGAAUGGGGACAGGGUUUAGCCAAACGGGUGGGGGCGGGGUCUGAGGGCCGCGGAAGAGAAUGACAGGGUGGGAGGGGCUUGAGGGCUCGCGGAAGGGUCUGAGGGUGAUCUGUGGGACCAGAAAGCUCUGGGAAAGUUCUGGGCCCAGACCCCAGUCCAGGUGGCUUUGCACUCACCGUUGGGCUAGACAGUGGUCACCACGUGACUGCCACGUGAUUCGGCCGGCCGUAUGAGCGGGAAUCCGAGGUGCUUGAGCCCCAGUGGCCUCCCGCAGCGCCUGCGCAGUAGCACCCCCUUCCCCAACACAGCCCAGCGACUCGGCCUGGGACCCAUCGCCCUGACCAGUCGGGGCUGUCACUGUCUGAGGAUGGGGCUGUCUACCCACACCGGACUAAGCUCUGUAAGGCAGGACCUGGGGUCGUUCUUGUCACUGUUGUGUUCACAGCCUUGUUCACCCCAGAACCUAGCUCAAAGGAGGCCUCAUUCAGCGCUUUUAUUCUCACUCUGUC